CCACCGUGGCAGCCCGAACCAAACCGGCAGCAUUUUUGUUUCAGUGUCUCGAGUUAAUUAACUUAGGUGGCAGGAUCGUGAGAGGUGGCGACGGCUUGGGGGGGGAGGGAGGGGCUUCAUCCAGCAGUGGAUUGUGGAAGCGCGUGUUGUCUCCUUACGUGUUUUUGCCAUGUGUGUUUAUCAAUGGGACACCCUGGUCACCCGUACAAUCGAGACGUCCCGUCAAGCGAGUCGUAUUUUUUUCCCAAUUAGACACUGUUACCGGCCGCUGAUGAUUCCGAUAAGAUUGUUUAAGACAUUUCCACAGCUUAAGAGCAUUCUGGACGCGGGGGUUGUUUGUGUGGUGGCGGAGGCGACAUCAAACCUGUCCAAGCACAGCUCCCUACUGUUCCGUAAUCACAGUUGCCGCAGUUACCGAGUGAGCGAGAAAUAAAUAUAGCAGAGCCGCCUUUGUCUCCCCGAGGACCUCGCUCCCCCCCCUCUCCCCUCCCCUAAGUGCCACCUCCGAGUCAGGUUUCACACGCGAGAGAGACGCGGCCGGCAGCAGCACAGGCGAAGGUGAGCGACUGAGACUUCGGCGGCGGAGACGUACAAAGACCAAAGAUCACGCGGCAUACAGACGACAACAAAGAUGGAUCAGACUCUUCCUGCCCCUCCGGUCAGGCGACCUCGGUUUGCCAACAUCAAGGUCUUCCUGCUCUGCCUGUCGCUGCUCUUCUUCUCCAAGGCGAUGUCCGGCAGCUACAUGAAGAGCUCCAUCACCUCCAUCGAGCGCCACUUCGACCUGCCGAGCUCCGUGGCCGGGAUCAUCGACGGCGGCUUUGAGAUGGGCAAUCUGCUGGUGAUCACGGCUGUGAGCUACUUUGGGGCGCGCUUCCAUCGUCCUCGCAUCAUCGCAGCCGGAGCGACCCUCAUGGGGCUGGGCACCCUGCUCAUAGCCCUGCCGCACUUCCUCAUGGGCAGAUACGACUACCAGAGUCACCUGUACGGGGAGGGGCCUCAGUGGAUGUGCGUGCCACGUGGCGAGCAGCCCAGCCUUUCGCAGGAGCCCACAUCAGCGGAGCCGGCAUCGGGCAGUGGUGGGGAAGGCUGCCAGCACAAGGCGCAGUCGUCACUCUGGGUGCUCAUUCUCGUGGGGAACGCGCUCAGAGGCAUCGGGGAGUCGCCCAUCACUCCCCUGGGCAUCUCCUUCCUGGACGACCACGCGCGCGCUGACAACUCCGCCUUCUACCUGGGAUGCGUAAUGACCGUGGGGCUCAUCGGUCCUGCAGUCGGCUUCCUGGUUGGAUCCGUCUGCACGAAGCUGUUCGUGGACGUGGGGUUCGUCAACAUGGAGGAGGUGACCAUCAAUCCGCAGGACUCCCGCUGGGUGGGGGCCUGGUGGCUGGGCUUCCUGAUCGCCGGGGGCAUCACGCUGCUCACCGCGCUCCCGCUCUGGUUCUUCCCGGCCUCUGUGCCCCACGAGGAGGAGUUGGCAACGGCGGCAGCGGUGGUGGCGACGGUGGUAGACGGGUGCGGAGACCUGGACGCUCUGAGCGCGGGAGAGAGAGCUCGUGAAGCAUCCGGCAAGGAAGAGGGCGCGCACUCUGCCAACAAUGAGCAAAAGAUGGUCAUUAAUACAAGGGGACUUGACAUUGUCGGUCACAUUGCUAAAGCAGAACUUGCUGAAAGGAAUACUGUACAAGAUUCAGCCAAAAAUAAACACAAAGCUAGUACUGAGCUUGGCAGCCGGCACACUGAAAACACGGAGGCAAGCUUGCAUCUCACUCCGGAAACAAUCAGAUCUCUGGCUAAAGACUUCCUGCCGUCCCUGCGCUGCCUGAUGGCGAACCCCGUGUACGUGUGCAUGCUCAUCAACUACGUGAUGCUCAUGAACGCCUUCAUGGGCUUCUUCACGUUCAAGGCCAAGUACCUCGAGGAACAGUUUGGCGAGACGGCUUCACGCAGCAACCUCAUUAUAGGCGCGGUGAGCCUGCCCAUUGUGGCCAUCGGCAUAUUCCUGGGCGGCCUCGUGUGCAAGCGCGCCAAGCCGUCCCUGCUGAGCCUGGCCCUGCUCGUCCUCGCGAUGGAGUUCCCGGGAUUCCUCCUCACGCUGCCGUACUUCUUCAUCGGAUGCGGAGGGGCGCGCGUCGCCGGCGUUACCGUCCCGUAUGAUGGCGGUGCAGUGCUGCCGGGCGGGUCGCUGCUGGCUCCGUGCAACGCGCACUGCGCGUGCUCCUCGGGCGCGUGGGACCCGGUGUGCGGCGCGGACGGCGUCACCUACGCGUCGCCCUGCCUCGCCGGGUGCUCCGUCAUGCGGGGCAGCGGCAGGGACACGGUUUACCAGGAGUGCGCUUGCAUUGGAGCCGGUGACGCGCACAAUUCCUCAGCCUUGUUGGAGCAGUGCCCUCGGGAAGACGACUGCCACAGGAAGUUCAUCCUCUUCAUGCUCAGCUCCUCCGUGGCCGCGUUCUUCAACGCCUUGGCCUUCACGCCGAGCUACACUUUCUUCAUACGAGGCAUCAGAAAAGACCUGACUUCCUUCGCUCUGGGGAUACAGACCCUCAUUACCCGAGUGUUGGCUGGGAUCCCUGCACCGAUUGUUUUUGGUGCUGCCAUCGACUCCACGUGCCUCAAGUCAUCAUCAGGCCCGGCGUGCCAGGGCGAGGGCUCGUGCCACGUGUACGACGUCAAUGAGUACAGGAGGAAGCAGGUCGCGCUAAUGACUGGGUUUCUGGGCACUUCGCUGCUCUUCACGGUCCUGGUUGUUGUGCUGAUCUGGAAGGACGAGAAGAAAGCCCCGAGGCAAGGUGGGGCAGAGGUCAGGGCUGAGACUCACGGUGCCACUUCGUCCGAGUUCCUGAAGCUGCCCUGCAUCAGGACCACAGGAGACCAGGAGUGCCUCGUCUCAACGGUCACAUCGGGCCUGCAGGGCUCAGGGCUUGAUCACGGGGAACGGAGUAUGAGGCUUCCUAAUGCCGGUGGUGAGGGCUUAUUGCUGUAAGGCAGAAAACAUCAAUAGUCAUGUGACAGCAAGGUAAUCAAUGGGCAUCUCUUGGUUCAAAAACAAAAACUGUAGCUCUGAAAUAUGGCCCGAUUGGUGUGUGGCCAGAUGGCCCUCUCACUGAAAAAUAAUUUCCAAAUUUACGGAAAAAUUAUUUGGCCAUUUUUUUUACAAAUCUCUACAAAAUUGCCAUUCGCCAACACUCACAUUCGGCCAAUGGAUUUUAAUCGUGUUUUUCGUGUAUGUAUGAGGGCAGUAUACACUCAUUAUAAAGCACACACGUAGAAUGUAAUGGGAUAAUGUCACAAAAUGGAGUUAAUCCAAGGAUAUGUCAUUACUUAAUUUUAACACAAACAAGUGGGGAAAAUAGAUACAAGUGGGAUAAGAGCAAAAUAUUGUAUGUUUUUACAGAAACUUGUCACUUGUGCUUCCUAGUGGUGCCCGAUGGAGUGAAGAGCAUGGUUGGAAGGUCGUAGCGGCUGAACCAGCAUGCUUUCUCAUCACGAUCUUCAUGUGUUGGCUGCUAGUAUUAGAUAUUGGUCUUUAACACAUAUCCUGUGUUCCUGGUUCCUGUCUGAUCGUGCAACUGUCAGUACAGGUAUAUCUCGAUUUACGAACGUUAGUUUUACUGGACAUCUGUGAAAAAAAUAGCUUAAUGGCUCAUCAGAUUUCUCCAGGAUAAAUUCAGAUUCUGAAAUUUCGCAUUAAUGCAAUUGACAAAUUAUGGACACUUUCGAUGAAUGAAAUAAAAAAAUAUAUAUUUUUGCGUGAACGAAAUUUCAUACGGCACACACCAUGAGAUCAAACAAGAAGCACCGGGGAGAAGGCUGCGUCAUCUCAUCCGCGACAGCGUCACGGCAUCCCCGCAGUGCAACAGUAACGCCUCCACAUCACUCUUCCAGUCAUCUCAAACGUGCGGCAGAUCUUUUUGGCAGGUUGCCUCGGAAAAGGUUAAUUCAUUUUGUUUUGAAUUAUUCAAUCGUUUUAAUAUUUGUGUUUUGUUUAUUACGAAAAGUGAUAUAGGUGAAACGCAUAUCCCUAAUUUUUGUGUAAAAUUAAUGGGAGCACCCGAUUUCCGAAAAAUUAUUUUUACACCGAGUUUUUGCAGAACGCAUCCCUUUCAUAAACCAUGGGCUACCUGGAACUUAAUUUUAAGUUCCCCUUUGUGAGAAUUGACGAUUUAAGAGUCGAUCUUAGGAUGAAUUAUAUUUCACAGAGUUGUUUAUCACCCUGUUCUGUCAAUUGUGCAAUAAACCUCCUGAAUAGUA